AUGUACACGAAAGCCAGACCGUUUCUUCCUUCGCUUCUGCACCUAUGGGAACUGCAGCUUCCCGCAGAAGACUUUCCGGAAUGUCUGGACUUCCCGACAACGAGCCAGCUGUCCGAGGACGCACGGAUUGUCCGACCCAUCCUUCACCGCCUGAAGCAGCGGACGUUCUUCCGCAUUUUUAAGCUGUCUCUGCUGGCAGACACUUGUGCAGAUCCACGACUGAAUAGUUUGCUGCGAGACAAUGCCGGCAAAUGCUCGGAGCCCCAGCGGUGUGGCCUCUGUCAGUGUUCUGAUGACGAAAUCCCCCAGACGUGGUUACAAAAACCAGACGAAGAGUUCGUGGAUAGACGUCACGCCGCGUCUUUCACUCGGUGGACACAAGACCAAUCGAGCAGGCAACCGGAUGAUCCAUUCUCAAUGUUCAAAACACCUAAACGGCUGCAAGCGGACGACCCCGUCUUUCAAAGCGCGGGCAGCAAGGGACCCGGUGUGUACGUCGACCUCCUUCUGAAUCCUCCGUGUUUCACGAAGUAUGAGGGUGGAGUCGUAUGGCGCCUCUUGUACGAACAGGUGCCGAUACAUCCCAGGACAGGCAAUGCGAGGGUUUCAGCAGGCGGUAGCGCAUCCCAGGACGUGACUGCCUCGUUUCUAGAUGACCUGACCGCUGUUCAGCCAGGACGCGCUCUCGGAGAUUGGGUUUGUUCGAACAACGCAAACCUUCAGCGACUUCUAUCCGGCAUGCAAGCCAAUAUUGCUGCUCUUGCAGCAGAAAACUUCAACGCCGUCGCAGAUCCACCGCCCCCGCCAUCGUUGCCCAUGACUACGCCUUUCCCUUCCCGCUCGAACGGCGAUGGAGGCAAUGGUGCACCCGCGCCUCCUGUGUUCAGUUCCAACAUGGAUUUUUUCCGCGCACGUCUGGCUCUUCAUCCCCUUCGUGUCCAAAACUUAUACUUCACUUUCGGAAUUCUGCUGCGCGCCGCAUGUGGCCUCAGUGAUAUCCUGCAGGAAUGUUCAUGUGAAACUGGAAACAGCCGCGAGGACCUUUCGACUCGGGCAGAGCUGCUUCACAUGUUGAACGUGACGACGUCGUCGUUAGCUGCAUGCUCCGCAGAGUUCAUGAAGAAACCUUUUUUCGAGAGCUCCAACUUGCAGUUCCUGCAGUCCACCGAGGGUAUCGACAGCAUCUUGCGAUGCGUACCGUGCGAGAAGUGCCGUCUUCAUGGGAAGAUAAAACUGACCGCAUUACACAUUGCCGCUAGAAUGCUGUCGUCAUCGGGGGCGAUGCCGUCGCUUGAACGUAAUCAGGUCACUGCGCUCAUUAACGCGUUAUAUUACUUCGCAGAGUCCAUCAGGGUGGUGGAGCACAUGCAAGACCGGAUAUUCCUGCAUAACAUUUGCGUGUACGCCUGCCUGGUCGCGACUGUUUUGCUACUUGUCUUGCUCGUUGUUUACUUUGUAUGGAGCACAAAGACGCGUGCGAGGAGAAAGCACCACCAGAAGGUCAUGCUGGAGGUGAAAUUUCGAAGUACUUCUAUAAAGAAGAGAGCAAAGUCAGCCUAA